AUGUCGGACCCCUGCAGACCUGUGGAGACCUCCAUCAGGGCAAAGCUCACAGACGCCCUGCAGCCGGAGCACCUGGAGGUCCACAAUGAGAGCCACAUGCACGCGGUUCCCCCAGGCUCAGAGUCCCACUUCAGGGUCCUGGUGGUCAGCCCUCUCUUUGACGGUCUUUCCCUGCUGCAGCGCCACCGUCUGGUCAACACCGCGCUGCAGGAGGAGCUGAGCACCAGAGUGCACGCUUUAGCCAUCCAGGCCAAGAGCCCGCAGCAGUGGGCGGCCGACCCCUCUCUGGGCAAGAGUCCUGGCUGUCUGGGAGGCUCCAAGGGCGACCACACGGUCCAGAGCAAACUGCAGACAGAGCGAUAG